GACGUAGCUCCGCCCAACACAAAUAUACUCAAAGGAAAGCCCGACGAAAACAAGGAAGUAACGAGUAAAAAAGACGAGGAACUUUGAGUAAACCUUAUAUUUAUUGUCUAAUAAACGCAGAAUUCGGUCUGUUGAAAUUAUCGUCCCCUAGAAUAUUUUAUCUACAGUGAAGAACAAUGAACAACAAAGGUUCUUAUCCACAACAAGCUGUUUAUCCUCAGCAGAGCACAGCACCCGUUUACCCGCCUGCUAUGCAAGUCCCUCCUCAGGUGUCUCCAUAUCCAGAUGCCCCUCCUCCAUACUCUGAGGUUUAUCAGCCCAGGUAUAUGGCUCCUCCCCCAGCCCAUGGACAGAUGCCCCAAAUGACCUCAGCAUACCCUGGUACUCAGAUGUACAUGCCCAUGCAUGCUCAGACUGUGCCAAUGGGAGCCAUGGCCCCCAGUGUCCCAAUGGCUUAUUAUCAGAUGGGGCCCGUGUACCCUCCUGGCUCUACCGUCAUGAUGGAGGGCGGAUUUGAUGCUGGAGCUCGCUUCGGGCCUGGCACCAGUGCUUCCAUUCCUCCUCCACCACCUGGACACCUCCCUAACGCGGCUCAGAUGGCUGCCAUGCAAGGUGCAAAUGUUGUGAUGACACAACGCAAGGGCAACUUUUUCAUGGGCGGCUCCAGCGGCGGUUACACCAUCUGGUAACAGUUAGCAUCACCCUGGGCCUGGACCGAAGCCCUCCUUUCCCUCUCCCUGGUUCCCUUUACCUGUUCUCCCACGCCUGCCUCCCUUGGGGCUGCUUGGCUAAGCCACAAUACUGAUUUAAUCUAAUGGAAUGUAAUAUUUUAGAGCCCCUUACUCAAGGUACAAUACUCCACUGUUGAUAUAAUUGUGUAAUAACGCAGUCACUGCGUAUUCACAGUUAAAACCGCUUUCAAAAGUGCAUGAUAUUUGUAGGUUUGAACUUCUAGUGAUCUUAUAUGUCACGUAUCAUAAUUAUUGGUUGGCUAAGAUGACUUUUAAGGUGAAAACCAGGUCAUUUUUACCUUUAUUGCCACUGGCGUACCUCGUACAACUUCAUUUUACAGUACAUUUUUCUAGUUUUUGGUUGUCUUCUUGAGCCGGAGAUCAUGCCAAGAGAACUGCCGAGCCAGUUUGAUCAUCUGUGUAAAGUAGCUAUGCACUUGAAACAUUCUCUUUGAAUAGUAUGCUUAACUAAGCCUUUCAUUCCUAUCAUUAUUAAGGUCUUGUCAGAUACGUAAAAUGCAGAAGUAAGCGCUCUCAAAGUCAAAGUGAAAGAUGUGUUUACAAAUUCAAACGACGGUGGCGUAUUGUACCUUUGGGCAAGCGUAUAUAAAUAUUAUCAGGUGCCAAAAACUGCACCAUUAUUUAAAAGCAAAGGAAUUUACAUAUGAAUGAACCUAAAUGCAGUAAAAGAGAGCGAACAAGAUAAACAAAAGUUGGAUUUUGUUUUUUCAAUAUUUUCCCUCCUAUGUCGGAUACCCAGAGCUGUACAUAUAGCCGUUUAGCGUGUGUUAUGUGUGUUCCAGCUCUAUGUGCAACUUCACAAACUUCUUUAGCAUUUUCCACAUAGGUAAAGUUGUUUACAAAGGUCAGGGCUUAAUCAAGAGACGAUUUAUUUUCAGUAUUUUAAAUUGUUUGGCACAUCAAGCAUUUUGUUUGUUUGUGGGGAGCUGCUUGUACCAAAGAUCUGGACUAGAAUGCACUAAAGCUUUUUGCUUUUUGUAAGUCUUCUGUCAAAGUACAUCUGCACUCAGAUUCAUACUGAAAUAAGUAAACAUAUCAUAUUUAGAUGAUGGUGAUUGCUUUGGGAGUGUCACGCACCAAGCAGAGCACACCACUGCUGUGACUGCAUUUUAUAGGGGGUUGUGUUGAAAAAAAUGUUUCCUAGUUGCAUCUUAAUGUUUCUGCAUGCACUUUUCAGUCAUUUUGUUCUUAAUAAAGAGUUAUCAUUGUUAAACAUUUUUAGAAGUACUACAAGAUUAAUUUAUGUGCACUGUCAACCAAUUCUGAAAUGUUUUUGCCGAUUUCUUUUGUACACAUGCUUUUAAAUACAAAAAAAAAAAGCGUCAGUUAUACUUGUUGCUGCAUUGAUGAUUUUUCAAAGCAGCGCGGUAAUGCGUAGUAGCAUAUAAAAACGGCUUAUGUUCGGCUGAGAAAUUGUGGUGUUGAUUUGUAAAUGUUUCACAAGGGAUUACAGUUUUCCUCUCACAUCUGUAACGUGGUUUAAAAAUGUUUCACAAAAUACCCGACAUAAAAGGAAAACCUACACCA